AUUUGUGGCGAUUUUUGUUCCGCUUCAUUUUCAUUUUCUACGCUUUGCACAUUUUAAAAGUGACAAAAUGGCGAAUGAAGCAAGCAAAUUGCUGCUUUCUACACAACAAGAAAAACCAAAUCAUUACACGUACUUAAAGGAAUUUCGCGUCGAGCAGUGUCAGUCUUUUCUACAGCACAAAUGCAACCAGCAUAGACCGUUCGUGUGUUUCAAUUGGCAUUUCCAAAAUCAACGCCGCCGUCGUCCUGUCCGUAAACGAGAUGGCACUUUUAAUUAUAGUGCAGAUAAUUAUUGUACCAAAUAUGAUGAAACAACAGGGAUUUGUCCUGAUGGUGAUGACUGUCCAUUUCUUCAUCGCACCGCUGGUGAUACUGAACGUCGUUACCAUUUGCGUUACUAUAAAACCUGCAUGUGUGUGCAUGACACGGACAGUCGCGGGUAUUGCGUUAAAAAUGGACACCAUUGCGCUUUUGCACAUGGCAUUCAAGAUCAACGUCCGCCAGUAUACGAUAUAAAAGAGCUGGAAUCAUUGCAGAAUGCAGAGCUUGUACUCGACGGUACAAAUGCACAAAAUGCGUUGGACAAGGAACGCAAUCUAAUGAAUGAAGAUCCAAAGUGGCAGGAUACUAAUUAUGUUUUAACAAAUUACAAAACGGAACCAUGUAAACGUCCACCACGUCUUUGCCGGCAAGGCUAUGCUUGCCCCCAGUAUCACAAUAGUAAGGAUAAACGACGAAGUCCUCGCAAAUUCAAGUAUAGGUCUACUCCAUGCCCAAAUGUUAAGCACGGCGAGGAAUGGGGUGAACCUGGUAAUUGUGAGGCAGGCGACAAUUGUCAGUAUUGUCACACGCGUACCGAGCAACAAUUUCAUCCGGAAAUCUACAAGUCAACUAAAUGUAAUGAUGUACAACAAGCCGGUUACUGUCCACGUAGCGUUUUCUGCGCUUUUGCACAUGUGGAACCAUGUCCUAUUGAUGAACUUCGCGAUAAUGCGCUCUCAGCUAGUUUGGCUAACUCAAGUUUAUUAUCACGUUCCUCGGCGCCAAUUAACAUUCCUAGCUCCACUCUAAAUAACUCUAUGAACGGUGAGUAUUUUAAUUCUGCCGGAUUUUCUGUCAACAUUCCAAGCAACUCGCUCACAUACAGCCCAACCAGUCACAGCAAUCUAUUCAGCGUGUCAGAUGCAUUUAACUAUACCGGUUCCAAUACAAAUAAAUUAAGUAACUCUCUCUCAGCGGCCACUCAAAACGAUAGUAGUAGUUUGUUCUUUCCAUCGCGAAUCAUAUCCCCAGGGUUCGCAGAUGGUUUAUCAAUAAGCCCAUCCGUUAGAAUAUCUGAAUUAAACUCAAUACGUGAUGACAUAAAUAGCAGCUCUGUGGGCAAUAUGUUAUUUGACAACACUUUGACUACCACGAAAAAUGCAUUUUCGUUGCAAUCUCUACAAAAUCAAAACAACUCAGAUGUCAAUCGUUUAUCAACCGAGUUAAUGACAAAGAACUCACAAAUUCUAAAGCUAACCAAUCGAAUUGAUGAAACUGCUAGGAAGCUAAAUUUGACUGAGUUGCAGCGGGACAAAGCUAAGCAAGAAGCAAUGGAGUGGAAAGAACGUUAUGAUUUGGCACAAACGCAACUUCAUUUGUCCACCGAACUGCGCAAUUUAUCUAUACAAAAGCUGAAGCAACUACAGUCCAAAUUGCGUACAGAUUUAGAAGAUGUAGAAAAGGUAUUAUAUUUGGAGAAUGCUAAAAAAUGCAUGAAAUGUGAGGAGAAUAAUCGCACAGUCACUCUAGAACCAUGUAAUCAUUUUAUACUAUGCGACUCUUGCGCCUGCUCUGUGACGGAAUGCCCGUAUUGUCAAGUGUCCGUAGUUACAACACACACUUAAAGCAACUAACAACACAAAAAAAAAAAAAA